AUUUGGCCCCAAUAUAACUGAUCUCUCUCUCUCUGGAGAAAGAGACAAAGCUUCUUCCCCCAUAUCUCUGGGAAACUCCACCUGAAAACUCGAUCUCGCCGGCUGACCGGGCCGGCUCAACUUGGAAUCUCAAAUUCCCCGAUCCGAUUUAACCGGUUUAAUUUAACAUAACCGGUUUAAUCAACAUUCUCUAGCUCGCCUAUUCAAUCGACCUCCUCUCCCUCAAGCCUUAAACCCUAAAUCGACCGUUAUGGCGAUUAGGGUUACAUUCACCUACUCCAGCUACGUCGCGAGGAACAUCGCUUCCUCCGCCGCGGCUCGCGUCGGCAGCGGAGAUCUCCGAUCAUGCCUCGAUUACUGCCUCCGUCCCAGGAUCUUCAACCACAGUCAGAUUCCCGACCUCGACAAAUCAUCUACAUCCCCAUCGUCCCCUCCUGCUUCAAUGUACACCACCAUCGCCAGAGAACUCCUCGAAGAAGGAAGCCAGAGUCCGAUUCUCACAGGGAUGAUCUCGAUCAUGAAGCUAACCGGAGCUCCGGAUCUGCUGGGGAUGAACAACGUCCUCGGGAUCUCUCCGUUCAAGACUUCUUCGGUGAUUCCGUUUCUGAGAGGGUCGAAGUGGAUGCCUUGCAGCAUUCCGGCGACGCUGACGACGGAUGUUGCUGAGAUCGAUAGGGGAGGGAGUGUGAAGCUGGAGUUGAGUAAUAAGGGAUCUAAUGUUGGAAACGGGUGGGUUAAUAAGAUGUUGAAUAUGUGCUCGGAGGAUGCUAAGGCGGCUUUCACUGCGGUGACUGUUUCUCUUCUGUUCCGUUCGGCGUUGGCUGAGCCCAAGUCUAUACCUUCGAUGUCUAUGUAUCCCACUCUUGAUGUGGGUGAUCGUGUUAUGGCUGAGAAGGUCUCGUACUUGUUCAGAAGGCCAGAGGUUUCUGAUAUAGUCAUCUUCAAGGCUCCUCCGGUUUUGGUGGAACAUGGUUACAAUUGUACUGAUGUUUUCAUUAAAAGGAUAGUUGCAAGCGAAGGUGACUGGGUUGAAGUUUGUGAUGGAAAGCUCUUAGUGAAUGACACCGUUCAAGAAGAGGAUUUUGUAUUAGAGCCAAUUGACUACGAAAUGGAACCAAUGUUGGUCCCUGAAGGUUAUGUCUUUGUCCUAGGAGACAACCGCAACAAAAGCUUUGACUCUCAUAACUGGGGUCCACUUCCAAUAAAGAACAUCGUUGGAAGAUCCGUGUUUAGGUAUUGGCCACCGAGCAAAGUUUCAGACACAAUACACCACCAUGAGCAAGCUAUCCAAAAGGGGGCUGUUGAUGUUUCGUGACGCGGUGCUGAUGGUUCUUAGGAUUAAGCAAGGAUUUGGAUGGAUGAUGAGGUGGUGUCAGCCAUCAUUUUGAUCGUGAAGCCAAUAGAGCAAUUCUUUCGUUCUGUGUACUCUUAUUGCAAGACAUGGAAUGCUAUGGGAAACCCCAAAGGAAAAAAAAUUGAAACAUUUUUUUGUUGUUGUGUUGAAACGUAAAACCUCAACCAAUGGUAAGAUGAGCUGUAACAAUCGCAGAUUAUUUUCGUGUCAAAACUAUAUCAUUCUAAUGUGAUUUUAGCUUCAAUU